GCGGUAAAACGUGCAGUCUGUCAAGGUCAAGGUUGCAUGUGUAAAUUAUAUCAUACAACAACAUCUCAGGCAACUGCACAGUCAUGUUUGCCCGACUGCUGAGUGCAGCCCCGGUACAGCCCCGGCCUACAGCGCAUAUCACCCAAUACUCUCGGACAGAUGAUGAUGACGAUGAUGAAGAGGAAGAAAUCCCAACCAACUUCAUCAGGACCUGUGCCAUCUAUGUUGAUGAUCACAUGAAUGUGUUCAGGUUGGUGCCGUAUGUUGUGGGUGCAGUGGCCCUGGGGACUAUAGCCAAAAGUAUAGCUCUGUUUCGCCAGUUUCGUCAUGUGUCAGAAAUACCAAAAAGAUUCAUUGACAACCACGUCCAGCUAGCAGGUCAGAUCAGACAUUGCCAUAACAAUGGGACGUUAGACGUGGAACACAUUCCCAUCGGAAAUUUGAUUGAAGCCUUACGACUGACAUCAAGAUUUGGUGUUUUGAAGAAAUCUGACCCAGGUUUUCUGAAAGUGAGGCUAGCAGGUAUCAAGCUGGAGGAGGUUGUGGGCGUGCCAUGGAUCCAGGCGGAGUGUGACAGACGUUAUAUAUGGUUCCGUAUGUUGAGGGUGAACCCUGAGAAUCCUGACACGCUGGACUGCAUUAUACAGACUAGGAACCCAUGGUUUGCUUUCAAGAAGGACUGUUUCAAUGCAGAAUUAGUGCGGGAAGGCUUAGCUACAGUCACACCAAUGGAAGAAUUCAAAGAUUGUAAAGACAGAGAGUACCUCAAGUUUAUGAAACAGUUGAGAAAGGCAGAACAGCCAAAACAGAACAUUUUUGUGAGAGUACUAAGAUCACCGCUAACACUUUGGGAGUAUUUAAAAAACAGAAGACAAACUAGGGAAAGUGAGGUUUGAUGAGAUGAGAUGAUGAGAUUUUGUUGUUAUUAUGCUAGUACAUGUACUGCCAUGGCUGUUGAUAAACUUAAAAAAACACAAGCAAAUGCAGCAGUUUAAUUUUAACAAGGAUUUAUGAUGGGUGGAAAAGGACGAAAUUAUCCCAGCAAACACAGAGCAUUUAAGAACGUUUUUAAGAACGUAAUGUUAUGGUAACGUUUUAUUAAUUUUCUGUGGUUGCUGAGAUUAGCUCCGCAUCUUCAAGGUUUCAGAUUUAACAUAGCAAAUCAACAGUUUAGUUGUGACGGUUUUAUUCAGUACCGUGUAAGGUCAGCAGGUCAUGUCUUGAUGACACUCGGCUGUUUUCACAAUCGUGUAUGAGUGUGGAUUUAACAAUGGCGGUUGUGGUACAAUAAAGGAGUAGAUUGGAUCGA